AUGCAGCUCACUCACUUCCUGUUUCUGCUUAUAUUUGCAUGGACUUGCUCUGCAGGUCCAAUCUCUCGCUCUAUCGCUGCCGCAGUCGACUCUACUUCCGAAACAUUACCAACCUCGAUUACCAUCAGCAGCAAGCCUGCAGUCGAUGAUGCGCUAACUGUCACUCCCGAAACUCCAACUGUAAGCUCUACGUCCGAAGCUGAGACACCAUGGACAACAAUAACGUCGACUAUCUGGUGGUGGCAGGACCAGACCACCGAGUCAACACCAACAUCUAUGGAGUCUUCGGCUCUACAGACUUCUUCCUCCAUACGUGGAGAGACAUUUACUCCAACUCCAAACAUUGAAAAGAACGCAUACAUGCCUGGCUCCAGCUCCUUCUUGAGUGACACGUCUGUUACUUCAUCUACGGCCGUGGAGAGCUCUAUAGCCGUCAAUGACAAAGUAGUGAACCCAGUUAUUGUAAUUCCAACCUCAUCGGAUGAUGAGAGCUGGUAUUCGGAGAUUUUACUCAUAACGACGACUACAAAUAAGGCUGAGAUUACACUCAUUACUACAACGACAACCAAAAGGACAUCGAGUACUUCAACCACGGACCCUCUGCUGGCCAUGACGACCACUACAACUGAAGCCCAUGCUGAGGCCGACAAAUCCACCAGUUCUUCUGAUAGUGAGGAGCCUAUUUUGCUCAUCACGACUAACACUACAAAGAAAGCUCCUGCUAAGGCCGAUCCAUCUCCCAGCCCAUCUACAAACGAAGAGCCCUUUUUUGUUGUGACUACCACUACUACAAAGAAAGCUCCUGCUAUGGCCGAUGCGUCUCCGAGUUCAUCUUCAAGCGAGGGAUUCUUUUUUGUUGUAACCACCACUACUCGAAAUAGAGCCUCCACCAGGGAAACCAUGAUUCCAAAGUCUACAUCACUUUUUUCGUCUCAUAUUUCAGAUCAAAGUACAGCGUCAAAACCGUCAGCCGGGUCAUCAUCAAAUACAGAGAAAAAUGGUUACACAAUUACAUCGCCAGAGAAGCUCUAUGUUGUUACUACGACCACAAAAUCUCGAGGAUUCACAUCUUUCCCAGUUGUGAAAAAGUCUUCUACUGCAGUGCCCAAGUCGGUGGACACGUCGGGAACAUCCCUUAUCAAAGAUCUUUACAUAACGGGCAAUACAGAGCAAUUGUAUUCGGCUGGUGCAACAACUCCAUAUUCCACAAAGACACUUGCCAGCUUUUCAGGUGCUGCACAAUCACCCACCGCAGCGGCCGAAUCCGUGAAUACAUCAGAAGCAUCGCUUAUUGGAGUCGUUUACGAGACAGCGGAUACAGAAAAUUUAUAUUCUGCAGGUAAAACAACGCCGUAUGCAACAAAGACCAUUUCCAGCUCUUCGGGUACGGCAAAAUCAUCCACGACAUCCAAUAUUCUCACCAAGUUGACAGAGACUUCUACCAAGCUGAGUAGGAUAUCCUCCACAACAAAGUCAACUAUAAAAGCUAAACCAUCAUCCACAGCUGCAGCUAAGGAUGAAGAGACGGAAACAGUGACAAUACAUGCAACAAAGACGGAACAAGAAACAGUGACCCAGCCCGCAGUCACUGUCAAAGUCACUCAGACUGAAGCUCCAGUUACAGUUACUGAUAGUGAAUCCGCAAGUACCGUCACGAAGCCGGUAACAUUCAUCGUCAUUGACUCGGCUGUUCCGAUUGCCACAUCAAUCUUAGGAGCGGAUGAUAGUACAAGUACCACCUCGACCACUUCUUCUACAUCCUCUACUACAGAGAAACCAUCCUCCAGCUCAACGACUACUCAUACGUCCACACCCGCUAAGAUCGACGUAACUACUACGACUAUGUUCACCUCCACCUCUACGACUGUCCUCGUUCAUACGUCUACAGCGGUGCACAUCUCCACAGCUAUCCGAACUUCGACAACUGUGGAGACCCACACUUCGAUACAUACGUCUACAGCUGUUGUUACUUCAACGGCUGUUGUGACUUCCACUGUUACUACUACUGAGUCUAAAAGUGCGGCUACUGCCUCUACUUCGGAUAUUGGUGGUGGAUUGAGUGUUAUUCCUGUUACGCCGUCGACGAGUGAGACUGUUACUAAGACGGAAACUGUUACUGUUACAAAGGCUUCUACCACAGUUACUGAUACAGUGACUACUACUGUGACAAAAUGA